AUGGUGGACGAUGAUUCUUGGGAUCUGACUGACGCCGCUGUGUUGCGCCGCGAGCUGGGCUGUGGGGCAGCGUUAUCGGCACCGGGCGGGGAUCCCUUUGGGGAAGGGACCGCACAGCUUGUGGCACAGAAUUUUCGGUCCAAGGUAGCUCUCACCUCACCAGUACUUGCCGAGAUCUCGAUCGCACGGUCGAGCUCGGGAUCAGUCUCUGUGGACGCCCAGCUCCGCGUUCGUUUCGCUGCAAAAAGCGUGCAAGUGAGACUCGCCAACGGAGGGAGUCGAUGCGCCGGGAGAGUGGAGAUUCAGUACAUGGGGAACUGGACAACCGUGCUUGAUGCUGCAUGGGACCUUCCGGACGCCGCUGUGGUGUGUCGGGAGCUGGGCUGCGGGGUCGCUCUGGCGGCUCCAGUCAGGGCUUACUUCGAGGAAGGAUCAGGUCCCAUUGCGACUGCGCUUUUGCAGUGCCGGGGAAACGAGACUGAGCUGCGGAACUGCCAGUCAUAUCCAUGGGGUCACUAUAUUGUGCCCCACUCCAACGAUGCCGGCGUCAUUUGCGCAGCACCGGUGUCACAACCCACACCAAAUCCAUUCUGCCUUGCGAAGUUUUCUGAAGAUAUAUUCUACCUGACACCACGAGGGCGUUCGAAAUUCAACUGGGUUGUGGCUCUGGAGCUGUGGCGCCGCCUGAUGCUCACUUUGGAGAAGGAACAGGUCCAGUUAUCGGCCCGCCCGGCUGUGAACAUCAGCGAGAUCUUGGUGUGA